AUGAGCAUCAACGUCAACGAUGCCGACAGCAUGUGGCUGCAGAAGAGUAUUCACAUGACGGACCCCAUUCCAGAUGCGAGCGAGCAGCUCGAAGUGAAGAGCGAGGAGCGGACUGAUACAAAUGUGGAGCGCCAGCCUCUCGAAGGCUCGACUGCACGGACAGGAAUGGAGACUGAGAUAGAGCUAACGAAGAUGCCCUUCAGUGCCAGUACUGUGCGACUUAUGCAAUGCCCUUCCCAGCGUCUUUCGUGCCGGCUUUCUGUAUCCAACUCGGCUUUUGCGUCCCUUCAGGAGAUCGACGAGUUGCGCGCACGUGUGAACCAGAUGACCCGUGAACGCCUGAAAUGGUCAAACAGCCAGCGUGACUUGGAGAUCACACGGUUUGAGCUGACUCAGGUACGCGAGGAGCUCCAAACAAUGCGUGAUUAUGUGAAGGUGAUGAAAGGAGAGUUGGAUGAAGCCAACGCAAGAGCGGAUCGAGAAGCGAAGGGGCGACACGUACUGGAGACCCAACUGAAUGAUAUGAUUGCCCAGCGCAAGAGCGAAAACGAGUUUCUAAAGAAGCAGCUGAGUGACAUCAAAGAGGAGCACAACCAGCGCCUCGCAGAGAUGGCGGAGCGCUCGGAGACGGAGGGCACUUCCCGUACAGAAGCCAUGCGGGAUCAAAUAAUCAAACUCUCCGAAGAACUUGAAUCACUGGAAGCAAGUAACGCUCAAGCUGAGCAGGAAUGCUUGCGACUACAAACAGAAAAAGAAGGCUUUCGCUCUAGUUUAAAUGCUCUCCAGGAAAAGUACGAGGAGUCACAGCGUUCCCUUGAAUUACAUGCAAACCGUUGCGCAGAUCUGGAGAAGAUGCACGCUGAGUUUGUCGAAAGGAUCGAGAAAUCACAUGCCGAAGCACUCAACUCACAGAUGUUGCUGGACGAGGAGCGAAUGCGACAGAUUACAGCCUCAAAGGAUGAGAUUGUGAAGGAUCUUAGAGAGGAGCUUCAGACGCAGAAGGACAAGUCCCGCUGCCUCAAUGACGAGUUAUCUUCUCUGCGCCAUCGGUGCCAACUCGCGGAAGAGGAGGCGAAACAGUUGAAUCAUGACCACGAAAAGGAAAUCAAGCGCAUUCUUGAUGAACAUCGUCUUGCGCUUUGCCAGCAGCAAUUGCAGACGGAGGCUCUUGUCCGAGAAGCGAAGGGUGGUCGGCUGUCGAUGGAGGAAGAAAGGUCAUCUCUCAGGCGCCAGCUGACAAAGACGUCAGAAGAGCUCUCAACAGUUACUGCAAUUCUGGCACAGCGGGAGAAGCACAUGCGCCAACUGGAGAAUGAACUUCAAACUGCAAAGGAGUCUGCCCUGAAGACGGAACAGGAACACAUAUCGGGGUCCAAAGAAGCUGAAGGAUUGCGCGAGGCUUUGAACCACGCUGAGGAGCGGGUGCAACGGCUGAUGACACAGCAAGAUAUCUCCGUAACCGAGUACACAAAGGACAUUCAAGGUCUGAAGGAUCAACUCGCCUCCACACAGGAAGAACUACUACGUGUAAAGAGUGAAUUAUCCUCCUCCGUACAGGAAAAAAUCAAGCAAGAGACUGAGAGUCGUGGUAUUAUAUCCGAUUUGCGGGCUCAUCUAGAGGAGGCGGGAUGCGAGAAAGAUGUUGUGCAGCAGCUUUCUCGUGACAAGAAGCUCGCAGAGGAACUCGCGGAGGAAUACAAGAGCAAAUAUCUUUCAACUUACAAAAAGGCUGAAAAUCUUGAUAUCGAGCUUGGCGCCGUUACAAACCGGUGUGCGCUGCUGGAGAAGCGGCUUGACGAAGAACUCCGACGUUCGCUGAGAAAUGCUUCCAUUUCACCUACUCCACCGCAUCGUGAUGGUGGGGCCAAGAGACUCCGAAGUGCAUCAUCAGUGAAUAUUCCACUGUCAACGGCAACUAAACAUGCGGUAAAAAAGAGCCGCUCCGUUGAGCCACUUGUUUUCACCAUUAGCGGCUUCGAAGGGUCGGCACUGCUGACAGAAAUAAAACAGAUGCCCUACGCUACAGUGGCAGAGUGCCGAUCCAACACACCAGUUCCCUCCAAUCUGACGCACCUUGUUACUAACGGUCAGCUAACGAUCAAGUUGCUCACUGCCCUUGUAAGGGGCUGCUGGAUACUACCAGAAGCAUACGUGCACGACUCUGCAAGGGAGAAGCAGUGGCUCGAUGAGAGCGAGUAUGGCUUCCGUCAUGAGGAACUGCCCCUCUCCCAGAAGCGCAUUGGCUUCACUGAAGGCUUUGUCACCUCCAGACAUUACAACACCGCCAACCUCAUCAUCGCAGAAGGUGGGGCCUCCACGGAGAGUAAUCUACACAUGGCGGACAUUGUCUUGUGUACUCACAGUGAGUCUGGCAGCCUGGAGGAUAUGCGGGCGAUGACAUGGGAUAAGGUGGUUGAGCUCAUCUACCCUGUUAAAGUCGGCUAG